AUGUCAGAAGAUGCACAAACUGAGAAAAGACGACUUUUGCGCGAAAAACGCCAACAAAAGUUUGGAAAUGGCGGAGGAUCGUCAAGAUUAGCGAAAAUUACAGGCCAAGCAGACAACAGUUUCUUGUCGACAGAUUCACCGUUGGAUUCGAACAGUACAACACCAACACCAGGGAAAGAGACUGGAAACAAAGAUUCAACGCAGGAAAUGGAUGAACUGCUUGCUCGUGUAGCUCACAGUGAACCUAAAAAUGGUAGAUCCGUAGACCAAAACCAGACGUCGGGGCAGAAAAAUCCAGAGUUGGACUUGUUUGCGCAACUUGCCAAAUUGCAGUCAGGAGAGUCUAAUAGCCCCGGUGCAACUCCUGAAACACCUGAUAUUUUCGCUCAGUUGAUGAAAUCGAUGCAAACAGGCUCGCAACAAGGCGAACAAAAUCCCGGAGAUUUUCCGUUUGGAAACGGUCAGCCACCCAUUGAUGCUGCUGUGCUAGCAGCACAUAACGCCUCUGUCAACAAACUCAAGGCUUACACCAUUAUCGUGAAAUGGGUAUUUUUCAUUUUGCCUUACGUCUACUACACAGCUCGUUCAUCCCGCGAAACGUUCCAAUCUAGUACUUUGAACGCUGUUACUGACAAGUUCAGUUUCUUCACCAUCUUCACAACUUUUGAGAUUUUAACGAUGUCUGUUUACUACCAGCUUUUACUAUCUGCUGAAAAAUCUCACCAUAUCAACACCUUGAACAGCAACAGCAAGAUAAUGAGCUUGGUCUCUAUGAUUCCUCCAGGCUUAGUACCUGUUAAAAACUUGCACGGUAAGAUUUCACAAACUUUGCAGUAUUGGGAUGUGAUUUCGAUGUACCUAACCGAUUUGGCCUUUACUAUCUUGCUCAUUGGCAUUUUCCAGUACAAAUGGUCCUCUUGA